UUCUACAACAACGCCAUCUUCUUGCUGGCAUUGUGGAGAAAUGUCAGUGUUCUUCAACCCAGAUUCACUUAUAUUUCGUGUGGUUUAUAUCUUGUUUGAUUUCCACAAUUCAUAAGGCUAGUAAGAUCUUACAGAAUGGAGGAGACUAGGGAACAAGUCAUACAAUCAGAGUUGGCACAGGUGAAGCAGAAAGCUCCGCUCAUCGAAGGCGUAACUCUUGUCACGUGUGUAGAGCUCUCUGUCCGACUUGGCAUCAAAGUAACGGAUCAGAAACAUGUCACGCUUAUUGUAAUGUUUCCUCCUAAAUACCCUCAUGAACCCCUCAUCAUAGAACUGAAAAGUAAGACCCUGUCUGAGAAACUACUGGACGGCUUGCUGAAGGUCUGUGAUGAACAAGCCAAAAAGUGGCUCGGCCAACGUCAGAUUUUACUCCUGACGAACUUUGUGCUGAAUUUUCUUCAUGAAAAUCCUCUGUGUGUGUGUAGUAAUGAAAUACAAACUGUAAAAAAAGACUUACUAACUGCAGACGAUUCGCUCAAAUUAAGACAGAAAACGGCAGAAAUUGGGCUAAAAAUAAAGCAGGAUAAUUAUUUCAUGAACAUACGAAUAGGCAUACCAGAGGGCUACCCUGCCAAACAAGUUACAGUGGAGGUGGAUGAACACAACUACCCAGAUUUACUCAAAACAAAUUUCGCUGGCCAGGCGGUUGAAAUAGCCAGACGCUGUGUCCAACCUCCAAUAAAGAAAAAACCCAAAGACCCACCUUUCCAGAUCAAAGCGUCUUUACUUCCAGUUUGUAAAUUUCUAAUCGUAGACUCAUUAAAAAAGUAUCCUAGAAUGUUAUGUCCGUUGUGUAAGGAGCAGGCUCUCCCCACCAACCCUGAUGAAAAACAAACUGAUCCCAGAAAAAAUGUAGAGCGAGUUUACUGUGGACAUUUGUUUCAUUUCGGAUGUUUAAAACGAUAUUUAAGGACACCGCCUUUUUCAGAUGGUAAGAGUUGCCCAGACUGCGGAAAACAAAUCUUCCAUGAAAAGUGGCGAAUAUCACCCCAGCUAGCUGAGGCACGUUGGGCUCAUAAACAGGCUCGGCAGAGGGAGCUAGCCGAAGUCAUGGAAUUUCUAGAAUGAUGUUUAUUGAUUAUCUAGUGCUAUUUUUACAAUUUUAACAAACUUGAAUUGUUGUGAUAUGGGUUGGCUCUAGCUGCAGAUAGUCAUGCUGUGAGGAAAAAUAUGUUUUAAGCAACCUCAGUAUUGUUGCAGGUACAUUUUUAUAUGUCAUAUGUAUGCCUUAAUGAAUCUCGGAUUAGCUUGUAAAUUAUAUGGAGACCCGUAGUCCUCUGAGCAUUUUUUUUUUCGUUGAAACCAAAAUGAGUCGGACCAAAAAUGUUCAAACUUGCUUGUGAGUUGGCAUAAGAUUCACUGACUGUAUUUAUCAUUAUUAUGAAAUGAGAAAGUUUUACUGCGAAAAAAAUGAUUUUAAAGGGGUAUGAAACACUCACAAAAUGCUAUCUCCGAAGAAAAAGAUUUCCAAUUGAACGUCGGACCCAAGUUUGAGUACAGCUUUUAAGAGUCAUUCCCUCCUGUUUGUGCUGAUACAUGUAAGGAGUAAGCCGGGAGCCAUAAUGAGGCUGUCACAACAGGAAAACCAUCAAAUAUAUAAGGGAGAUAACUCCCUCUUUGUGUGAUAAAAUAACCACAAGAUGUUGUAUUAUUUUUAUUUCCAUGGUAAAGUCAUGUUUUUAAUUUUUCAAUAUCCUAACAUUUUUCAUCAUUUAUCACUACAAAAUUUGUUUUAUGAAUUCAUUCAUGAUUUUCGGCACACAAUGUUCAAAUUUUCAUAGUUUGGAAAAACAAAAAUGCCCCUGAAAAAUAAAUUUUUCCUUUCAGGGAAAGUUUCUCAUCUAAUCUAGAAUGGAAGGUCAGGUGGCACGUGGAUAACACACUUAACUUUCACAUAGGCAGUCAGGGUUUGACUUCCUAUUUGGACAUAAAACAAAUUAUUUGGGUCACCUGCCUGACCACUUGGUAUUCUCCAGUUUCCACAGUCAGACCACUCACACGCUUCCAUCCGAGCCAACAAGAGUGGUUUAUAGAAGUGGGUAUAACUUAGGUCGCAAUUGUAGUAAAAUAAAUAAGGUUCACAAUAUAAAAAUAAAAAUGAAAUUUCCCUUGAUUUUAGAAAAUGAAAUUUGUAAUUGUUAUUCUAAAGAAGGCUGUCCUGUCUCUUGUGUAGAUUCUCCUCGGUCUCUAGUUGUGUGGUCUAAUUUUAGACCUGUAACAAAAUGGCUGACAAACAUCUGGUAUUUUGACAGUUGAGGUUUGUUUCUUUGAAAGUCCUCAGAAAGUUUUCCAUAUUACUUUAUAUGUAGAUUCCCUUAGGUCUGUGAUUGUUCAUAUAUAAUUUUAAACUCAUCGGAAAAAUAAAUAUGAUAAUUUUGUUUUCGCUAUUUCUCGGAGAGUAUUGUAUUAAUCUUUCUCAAGCUUGAUAUGUAGUACUCUCUUGGUCCUGUACUAGUGCAUGUUAAAUUCUGAGACUGAUCAGACAAAAAAUUGCUGACCGGUGGCCCAUUUUAACUAUGACAGUGAAGUUCACUCGUGUAUCGCUAUUUCUCGUUGGAUCUAGUUUAUAUGUAGGUUCUUCUUUGUUUUCGUUGUUCAUAUUUUUUAAUGGCACAGAUCGGAAAAAUGAAAUUUAAGUGUCCAGUUAAAGUGUUUGAAUACCACAUGUUAAUAGAAUAGCUAAUUAUUAAAUAAAAAAAGGAGAAAAGGACAGAAGUACAGAAAAUAUAUAAAAAAAAACCCAUUAAACAU